AGAGAGAGAGAGAGACAUGGAUCACCUGCUGCUGCUGCUGAUGCUACUGCUCUGUAGCUCAGGACUCCAGGCUGAAGGAGAACACACCUCAACAGAGCCUGGUGUUAGGCUGGUGGGAGGAGAGAGUCGCUGUGCAGGAGACCUGGAGGUGGAACAAGAGGGAGAAUGGAGACCAGUGGAGGGCUCUGACUCUCCCUGGACCCUGAAGGCAGCAGCUCUUCUCUGCGGAGAGCUGGACUGUGGCUCUGCUGUUUCUGUGGGAGAGAGAGAGGAGUCCUCAGAGAGACCUGUGUGGGAGAUCAGCUCUGACUGUGUUCAGUCUAGAUCUCUGAGGGAGUGUGCAGCAUCAGAGUCCUCUAAAGACAUCCUGAAUCUCACCUGCUCAGACUCUGUCAGGCUGCUGGGGGGGACUGGUCUGUGCUCAGGCAGACUGGAGGUGAACUCUGACCCGUCUAACCCGUCUAACCCGUCCUGGUCCUCAGUGUGUGAGGCUGACUUUGACCAGCAGGAUGCUCAGGUGGUCUGCCGGCAGCUGGGCUGUGGGGCUCCUUCAGUCCUCCAGGGGGCACUCUAUGGAGAAGGGGAGGCUCCAAUGUGGACCAAAGAGUUCCAGUGUGGAGGCCAUGAGGCUGCUCUCCUGGACUGUAGCUCAGCCUCAGAGAGAAACACCUGCUCACCUGGCACAGCUGUUAGCCUCACCUGCUCAGAGCCGGUCAGACUGGUGGGAGGAGAGAGUCGCUGUGCAGGAGACCUGGAGGUGAAACAUGAGGGAGAAUGGAGACCAGUGGAGUAUCUCUCUCCCUGGACCCUGAAGGCAGCAGCUGUCGCCUGCAGAGAGCUCGACUGUGGCUCUGCUGUUUCUCUGGUACGGAGAUAUGAGUCCUCAGAGAGACCUGUGUGGGAGAUCAGCUCUGACUGUGUUGAGUCUGGAUCUGCUCUGAGGGAGUGUGCAGCAUCAGAGUCCUCUUCCUUCUUCCUGAAUCUCACCUGCUCAGAUAAGCUGCUUCAGCCCAACAUCUCUGUGUCCUCCUCCAUGUACGGGGUCUCCGGGGCCCAGCAGCAGGGGUUCCAGGUGUUCAGAGGCUCCUCCUUCACCAUCAGCUGCUCCAUCCAGCCUCAGUACCCAGGAGGCUCUUUCCAGCUCAACUUCACCUCCAUCAACUCAGCAAACAACUCCAACUCAGAGCCAGCUGUCAAUCACUCUGCCCACUUCCUGUUCCCGGCUGCAGAGCCCGCCCACCAGGGAAGCUACAGCUGUGUUUAUCACGUCUCUGCUUUUUCUCAGGACUUCUCCUCUGAGAGCCGUCUGCUCUCCGUCACCGUCACAGGCCACCAGGGGGCGGAGGCCGAGCCGACAGGAGGACAUUGAGCUGGAUUAUGAUGACCUGGGUAUUCCUGCUGAAGAGGAAGGAGCUCAGGGAGCAGAGUAGCAGCUCCAAGGAGCUCCUCUCACACACAUGGGUUUAUCAGCUCUUAUAGCUUUUAACCAACGUUAGCAAAUAUAGCUUUUACUCUGAAAGUCACCAGCAAUGUGUGAGUGCCUCAUGUUUCCUGACUUCCUGUCAGCUCCAAGCCCAUUGGUUCCCACUGAAGAUGAAGAUCUU